AUGGGAUUCUAUCGAUGUGAAGUGGAGGGACAGGGAGAAGCUUUGAGAAGCACUGCUGCACGACUACAGGUCGAGACGAGGGCCCCAAUCGCCCGUGGUCUCCUUUCAUGGCCCCGAAGUGUUACGGUAGCCGAGGGAAAAGCUGCUCUGCUGGAGUGUCUGCCGGCUGGAAUGGCCGGAGCACAAGUUGAAUGGCUCCGAAACGGCUCGUACCUUCGUGUUGAUGGUGAACGGGUUCGUCUCGUUUCCUCCUCGCUAUACUUUACGAGGACGCUACCUUCCGAUACGGCAACGUACACCUGUCAAACGUCGCUUCACGGUGAUGUCUACGAGAAAACGGCAGAACUCAUCGUUAUUGAAUCCCCUCGCUUUACCGUAUCCCUGGCCGAUCGGAUUGCCUCGGAACGGCAGGAUGUUGAGAUGCGCUGCGAGACCAAGGGAAGCUCGGAAGUGGAAUGGAUGAAAAAUGGGCUGCCACUGGUUUCCUCCCAUUUUAUCAAAAUCCAGGAUGGCCAUCUUCGGAUUCUUGGGGUUGUCAAAGCCGAUCAAGGCGUCUACCAGUGCAUCGCCAGAAAUGAAGCGGGCACCGUAUCCUCCUAUUCACAGCUCCUCGUCGAUAGUCAUGAAUCGUCAAUGGUUGCCGGUUCUUCCGGAAAACCGAAGCUCCCCUCAGCUCCCCUCAAUUUGAGAACGACAUUGAUUGGAGCCCGUAGCCUGGGUAUUGAAUGGGAUCAACCGGCUCAGACAUUCGGAAAACUUCUGCUUUAUCAUAUCUUCUAUCGAGAGGAUGGGCUGGAUAGAGAACGGUCCAUUAAUGCCUCAUCACGAUGGGCGACCCUUUCCGGUCUAUCCCCCGAAAAGCUGUAUAUCAUUCGAGUUGCCGGGGAGAAUGAGGCUGGAAUCGGGCUCUCUUCCGAUCAUAUCAAGAUCACCACGGCGAAAGAGCAGGCCGUCCCGGGUCAAAUAUCGCACCUGGCGGCGACGGCAACAGGUUCAGAGGGUGUAGAUGUACGAUGGGAACCCCCGGGAGGGAAUGGAGGACAACCAUCACCACAUAGAUAUUCUCUUUUCUACCGGAGGCAUCCACCCACCCAUAAUGAACCGGAAACACAGAUUACGGUCUCCUCAACGGAAUAUUCCCUUCAUGGCCUCGACAAAUACACCGAAUACGCCAUUCGAGUUGAAGCUGAAGGAGAUAAUGGAUCUGGGCUGUCAUCGGAUGUCGUCACGGUCCGUACCCUGCCCGACGCCCCUUCCGCCGCUCCAGAAGACGUCGCCGUCGAGCCGGAAUCUUCGACUGCCAUCCGUGUGACCUGGAAGGCACCUCCAAAAAAUGCGCACAACGGACAGCUAACCGGCUACCGUAUCAAGUACAAAACGAAGCAAAAGGGCACGAAAAUACAGCAGAUUGCUGUGGAAGAUCCACAUUUAAUGGAGAGACUCUUGGAUGAUCUUGAUCCUGGACAACAUUAUCAGAUACGAGUUGCUGCUGUCAAUCAGAACGGUACGGGUCCAUUUUCCGACUGGCUACGCGCCGAUACCCCUUCCGUCGACAAAGAGGAGAAGCUACUGGGAGCACCAGUCGAGUUGAAGCCGAUUCCAGGCCCGGACUACAUCAUCGUAACGUGGAAACCCCCAUCCGAUGACACGACAAUAAUCCGUGGCUACCAGAUUGGCUGGGGAAAUAAUGUGCCGGAUGUGGAGAUGGAGACUGUCGGUCCAUCUGCACUACAACAUCGCAUUGAGGGGUUGCACCCGGGCAGGGAAUAUGUGAUCAGCGUGCGGGCGAAGAACAACGUCGGGUUGGGCUAUCCGAUUUAUGAGACUGUCCGGACCGGAAGUGAAAAGGGGAGGAGUCCGUUUGGGAAUUCUGAUGAUGGACAUGCUGAUGAUGGCGAUGAUUCUACCGUAACCCCAAUCGGCGUCCGUGCCGAGGCCAUUUCCGCUUCAUCAAUGCGUAUCAUUUGGACUGAUCCGGAUCAAGAGGCAUUUAACGUCAAAUAUACCGUUAAAUACUCUACACAAGCGGAAGGCAACAAACUGCACUAUGCGGAGUCAUCAGAUCCAUUUGUCGUUGUGGAGAGCUUGAGACCUGCUACAGAAUAUGAAUUCUCCGUGAGAACAUCACAUCGAGGGGCACAUUCACUGUGGAGUAUGGCGGCCAGGAAUAGAACCCUCUCCUCACCUCCGUCCUCAGCUCCUCGUGACCUGUCGCUCUCCCCCUCCCCAUCUGGAGAUCCACAUCAUGUCCUUCUCGAGUGGAAACCACCCAAAUAUGCCAAUGGAGAAUUGCUCGAAUACCUAAUCUACUACACGGACCGUUCUACCCUAGAAGACAAAGAUUGGCGCCUACUCUCGAUCCCCGCAGCCCGUAAUACACAUUCUAUCGCUGAUCUACUCCCAUCAUCUACCUAUUACUUCAAGAUACAAGCCAGGAAUGAGAUGGGUUAUGGUCCCCUUUCCCCGGUUGUAACUUGGAGAGGCAUUGGUGGAUUAGCCGUUCCUACCGGCCGAACGCUUCUCUCGAAUCCUCUCCACCUCCUGAUUGCCGGUACCUGUCUCGUGGUGGCCAUCGUCGCAGUUGUUCUCUGCCUCUUGUGCAUCUUCAGACGCUCAUCGAAGAAGCCUCGAGCCAAGCCCGGGCAAUCUGGAGAUUUGUGGAUCAACCAAUCACAUGGGACUCAUCUACGACCGAAUAAUUCAAUGGAGCUGCUAGGUGGUGAUGUUCUGCACCAUCCCGCCCAUCCCCAUCAUCCUCUCCAUCAUCACAACACCAUCAAAACCCAGGGAUCUCCAUCCCCUCCACCAAGAUAUCAUGCACUACAGGCUGCACAAGAACUAGCCGGCACUGACGAUGGUGGUCACUACGGUACCGUAGGCCUUGGUCGUGGCUCGUCCCAGCGUCGUCUCCUCCUCUCUUCUAAAGGCAUCGUCCCAGCUGCCACGAAUCGAGCCCUGAUCCCUCCCCUGCGAUGUCCUCCACCCGGCUCCUAUGCACACAGCGAUGACAAUGAUAGCGGUACCCUCUCGCGAUCCUACCAUCACUCCUCUUCGAGUCUCGAGCAGAGAGGAGGGCCGAGGACACCACAAGUUGUCUAUACUGGCAUUGGAAGACAUCAGCCAAUCGCAAAGGUGGAGCUGGACUCUCCAUCCUUCACAACCGUCUGCCCUCCUCCCCGCGGCGGCCCUCAAGUGAUUAUGGCCCAAAAACAAGUGCCAGUUGGAAGGGCCCAGGCACAACCCAGGGUCAAUAUGGCCAAUAUUUACAGCCCAUACGCCUCGUGCUCACAAAUCCCGCGUGACGAUGACAAGCAUAUAGCUCGUAUGGACUCGGAAUCGGAUGAGAGGACACCGUUGCAGCCAUCCGCCUCCAACGAGGAACUGAACGAGCUGACCGAAAAUAUCGACAAUUUCCUCGACGAUCUCAAGAAUAUGGAUAUGGGACCAAGAUCUGAGGCCGGGUGGAGCGCCGAU